UUUCGUACAUUCACACUCCUGUUUCCUCCGCCUCUGCCACCAACAGAAAGACCCAAGGAUAAAAAAGAUACAACAACUUGUAACCAUGGAUUUUUAUAAGAAAUUGCUUGGAUUAGGAUUGCUCUUGUGUACAGCUUUCUGCUUAGCUUCUGGAGAAUGUGACGAAAACGAGUUCCAAACUUGCGUGUCCCAAAUGAGUGAUUUUGCAGAGGGAUAUUCCUUUCAAGCAACAAGUGAAGCUCUACUGAAGGAAACCUGCGGGUCUAAAAUGCAGACAAUAACUUGUGUCAAGGAAUUUGUACAGAAAUGCAUGAAGAAAGGUGACCGAGAUGUGUUUGGGAUAACAACAGGACCAAAGUUGGAAAUGGUCGAGCAACUGUGUACGGACGGUACCAAAAUAAAUACUGGGUACUUAGGAAACAUAGAGUGCUGGCAAAAAAUUAGUAAUGAUACAAAACUUUGCAAUAAAAAGUUUGAACAAUCUCAAAAUGCUAUAAAUAGUGAUGAUUUGGAAGACAGAUUGAGAAUUUUUCAUAGUUGCUGCGCUUUUGAUUGGCACAGAAAGUGCAAAGUUAGAGCAGCAGAGAGCAAAUGUAAUGCAAGAGCAAGUUCUUUCAUUGACUACAUAUCAACUCUUCUAGGCGGCAAAGUAUUAGCCAAGCUAUGCUAUGAAUCUUUCCCAAGUUGUAUUGAUGAAUUGUAUGGAGCAGAUGAAAUGGAUGAUAUGGCAGAUAGUUCAACUUUCAUAGCAUCUCCCAUAAUUUCCAUCUAUAUUUUGCUAUAUGUGUCAUUACAUUUUUUUAUCAAUUAAUUAUCAUCAGCAAUUUUUCUAUUAUUGUAAUAAAAUGGCUUUCUUUAAAAAAAAAUACUUGUUCACCGACAAUGUAAAUGGAAAAGGUUUUUUCCUCUCGUAGUUAUGCUAUUCAAACAUGCCCUUCAACUGUUAUGGACUAUCCGUAAUUGCAACAGAACAAAAAAAAAAUUUUCUUUCCAAUGGAGCUUUGUAAGAGACCCACCUCAACAGGCGUCUGGGCCAUAACCAGACCUAGUGCGCUCCCCAACAAUGCAUCAGUCUUUCGUGUGUCAAAAUUAAGGCGCUGAUGCAUGACAGUCGUGUUUUUGACGCCGAGUUUCCACCAGAUGGAGGCACCUGGGCUCUCAUUUGAUGCGAAAUUGCACUAGGAAUUUAAUUUAGCCAAGGGAUAUUCUAAGCCAAACGAAUACCCAAGGGAUCUUUUACAUACCCCAUAAUCAUACAACAUGGGUACUGAAGAUUUUCUGCAUCUCGACAAUCCAUUGACUGGCCACCCGGGUCAGAACCUGGGUCCCCAGGCAGCAAAGGCCAGCACCUAACCAUCACGCCACCAGCCCGCUCAGAACAGAAAAAUAUCUUGUGCUACAAGUAUUUUAAAUAAGGUAUUUUUCUGUUUCUAUCAUUUAAUUUGCAAACUAACAUUUUGAAUGUGUGUGUGGGGGGGGGGGGCAUCCAGUGGGAGGUUAGGAGCCCUGGAGAGGCAGGGAGGCCCAAAAUGUAUAGUUCCGAGCCUGGUAAAGGCAAAGUUAUUCUUGACAUUUGUUUUUCAAAAUUCUUGUUUUGGUGCAACUUUUGCUUGUGCCUCAAGAGCUAUGCACACCAAAGUACAUUCAAAUCUGCAUACCUAAUCAAGUGAUUAAUAUAGAAGUAACCAUGUUAUUAAAAGUUUUAUGACCCCUAUGUUGUACAUUUUCAUCUUUUCAAAGGUAAACUUAAGAACUGA